AUGGAUUUUUUCAUAUCCAAAUGCACCUGCGUCGGGAGUCGACGAAGACCGGUCAUAAAUUGCGACUACUCUGAUAGCGAUUCGAAAUCCGCCUCCGAGAUUGAACUGAAACCAUCCAGUGAACCACACGAAACGAUCAAAAAACCCAAACAGAAGAAUUGUUGGAAAGUCAAAAGGAUCAUUCCGCGAGCUGUGCUUAGAUGGUUCGGACAAGAUGAAGAUAUGAGCAUGACUAAAAUUGAGAAAACAAUAAAAGCAUCGCUGUUGAUUCAAAAAUGGUACAGACGAUAUAUGGCUCGGCUAGAAGUUAGGAGAAGAUACACCUGGACUAUAUUUCAAACGUUAGAGUAUGCUGGAGAGCAAGAUCAAGUUAAGUUAUAUAACUUCUUUAAUGCAUUACUGACACACAUUCCACAAACUGAACGCGAUGUCGACUCAAAUUCCAGCAAUUCGUUAGAAAAUCUAAUUUUGGAUUUCGAUGAAGAAUCUCCCGACGAAGACUACUACGAACCGGAAGAGAAGAAAAAAUUAUUACGCUUUCAAUUGGAAUAUCCUUACACAGAAAAAUCUCUAAUACAAUUGAUAGAAAUUUUCAGAAAACAUCGACAUUAUCGACUUCCGCCAAAAGAUGUGGCUGAUAUAUUGAAGAGGUCGAUAAUCCAUUUAAAAAAGCUUCCAAACGUUAACACAGCCUCUACUGGGAUGACGAAACAACUAACUGUAUGUGGGGAUUUACAUGGAAAAUUUGAUGAUCUGUUAGUUAUUUUACAUAAGAAUGGUCUUCCUUCGGCAGAUAAUCCUUACGUUUUCAAUGGCGAUUUUGUUGAUCGAGGAAAAAGAGGUUUAGAAGUGUUUUUGAUACUUCUGCUGUGUCUUCUUACGAUACCCGGUGGAGUAUACCUUAACAGAGGUAAUCAUGAAGACAUCAUCAUGAAUCAAAGAUAUGGAUUUAUUCGGGAAGUUCAGUCUAAGUACAAAAAAAACCACGAAAAACUACUUAGAUUGAUUGAAGGAGUUUACAGGUACCUCCCACUAGGAACAAUAGUAAAUAACCAAGUACUUAUAGUUCACGGUGGCAUUUCGGACAUCACCGAUUUAGAUACUAUCAAGGCCCUAGACAGGGGGAGGUACAUAUCAUUAUUAAGACCACCGUUGAGUGACAGCAAUGCGCCAGGAGCCGAGGUUAUCGACAAAAUGGAGUGGAAACAGGUGUUCGAUAUUUUGUGGUCGGAUCCGCAGGAAAAUCAGGGAUGCAUCCCGAACAGCCUCAGAGGAGCUGGCACAUACUUCGGACCCGACGUUACGAAGAAUUUCCUAAAGGAAAAUAGUUUGCAAUAUAUUAUUAGAUCCCAUGAAUGCAAGCCAGAGGGAUUUGAAAUUUGCCAUGAUAACUGUGUUAUAACAAUAUUCUCAGCGUCUAAUUACUACGAAGUGGGUUCGAACAACGGAGCCUAUCUAAAACUAAUGGGUGUUGAGUUAGAUACUCAUUUCGUUCAAUACAUGGCAAGUUCAGGCAAACGCAAAUUGAAUUUAUACCAGAGGAUGGGUCUCGUCGAAUCAGGCGCUUGUAAAGAACUGAAGAUGCAAAUCAUGAACAAUAAAUAUAAACUAGACGAAGCAUUCGCAGAGGCCGACCCGGAAAGCACAGGAUAUAUUUCUAUCACUCAGUGGUGCGCUGCUUUGGAAAAUGCGACGGGACUUCAAUUACCUUGGAGAAUGCUCAAAGAUAAAUUAGUAUCAGUCGACCCAGACACGAACAAAGUGAAAUAUCAAACAACUUUCGACGUUAAAAAUGAAAAAUUAAACUCAGUGCAAGGAGCUCAUUCCGUCGUUGAAACUUUAUACAGGAACAAAACUAGCUUAGAAGCGAUUUUCCAUAUUAUCGAUAAGGACAGAUCAGGCUACAUUUCGUUGGAAGAAUUCUCUGAGGCUUGCAAUCUCAUAAAAAGCUUCAUGCCCUGCCCGAUGACCCAGGAGCAACUAAGAGAUAUCUGCAGAUUGAUGGAUUUGAACAAAGACGGGCAAGUAGAUCUCAACGAAUUCCUCGAAUCAUUUCGCAUGGUCGAUCCGGAGAGCAGGCAUAAAUAUUUGAUGGAAUCGCCAGAAGUAGCGCGCGAUAUCCAAAAAAAGGAUAACGAAAAUAGUAUCGUUAAUGGUACGAAACCAGAUGGCGACGCGCUCGUGCCGGAAUAUACUCCUUCAAAACCUGAAGGACAAGAAAAUGCGACGAUGCAUAAAAAUAAUCUGCAAUUGUCACCGGUGUUGAGCAGCAGAAGAGGAUCGCAGAUAUAA